AAGCCGAGAUCCAGCCAAUAUGACAUCGACAAAAGAAUUUCACGGCAAAUCCACACUUAUUACGAGCAGUAAUUUAGAUUCACCGCUCAAUUAGCUCAUCUCCCUCACCGCCGCACUCGAAAUCCACGUCCAUCCCCCAGAUCGGUGCGCUGUUGUGCUCCCCCCUCCCCUCUGCGCAUCGCAUUCCUCCAAAAAAUAUUUCCAGUUUAGAUCUGCGCUUCGUGCUCGCCGCCGCCUCCGCCGCCUCCGAUCCUCAAUAAGGCCGGCAUGGAGGAGACGCCGCCGCAGCCGCAGCCGCAGGCGGCGCACGCGUCUCCUCCGUUCCCGGCGGUCUUCACCCCGCCGAGCGGCCUCUCCUCGGCGUCCGUGCGGGGCAGCCCCUCCAUCCCCAGCCCCGGCGGGACCGCGCACUUCAGCACGCCGCCGGGCCCGCCCGUCUUCUCCUCGCCGCUGCGCCCCGCCGCCGUGCCCUUCCGCGCCACCCCGGUCUCCCUCCACCCCGUACCCUUCGCCAUCCGGACCGCUUCCUCGUCAUCCUCGGUUUCCCUCCCCACCUCCUCCGCGCCGCACUUCCUAAACGGCUCGGCCACCCAUCACGGCCACCUCCCCUCCGCGGCGUCGCAUCUGGAGGACUCCAGCGUAGACUCCCCGUACGUCCUCUUCUCCGCCCACAAGGUCCUGAAGCAGAAGAAACUGUUGAAUGCUCCUAGCUUGGGGUUCGGAGCUCUAGUUUCGCCUGGAAGGGAGGUGGCGCCUGGGCCUGAAGCCUUGGAGCGAGAUCCUCGCCGUUGCCUUAACUGCGGGGCUUAUGUGAAUUUAUACUGUGAUGUGUUGAUUGGCUCUGGGCAAUGGCAGUGUGUCAUUUGCAAGAAGUUGAACAGCAGCGAGGGGGAAUUCGUGGUCUCCAGCAAGCAGGACCUGCUUCAGUGGCCAGAACUCGCCACCUCGGCUGUUGAUUAUGUUCAUUCUGGGAAUAGGCGACCAGGCUUUGUCCCCGUGUCUGACUCGAGGGUAUCCGGGCCAAUUUUUAUCCUCAUAGAUGAGUGCCUCGAUGAGGCGCACCUGCAGCAUCUGCAGGGCUCCUUGCAUGCUUUUGUGGAUUCGCUCCCUCCUACUGCCAGGAUUGGGAUCAUCUCUUACGGGAGAACUGUCUCCGUGUAUGAUUUUUCAGAGGGGGUUGCGGUAUCAGCGGAUGUGCUACCUGGAAAUAAGUCACCUACCCAUGAGUCUCUGAAGGCACUAAUUUAUGGAACAGGGGUGUAUUUUUCUCCCAUACAUGCUUCCCUGCCUGUUGCACACACUAUAUUCUCAUCUCUGAGGCCCUAUGAGUUAAGUGUGGCAGAAGUGUCGAGGGAUCGAUGUGUUGGUGCAGCGGUUGAGGUUGCCCUUGGUAUUAUUCAAGGGCCUUCAGUGGAGUUGUCUCGUGGAAUCAUCAAGAGAUCAGGAGGUAACUGCAGGAUCCUGGUGUGUGCUGGUGGCCCUAACACAUUUGGUCCAGGAUCAGUUCCUCAUUCUGUUCAACACCCAAACUAUGCUUACCUGGAGAAGACAGCUAUGAAGUGGAUGGAGAGUCUUGGUCAUGAAGCACAGAGACACAGUACCAUCGUUGACAUUCUUUGUGCCGGAACAUGUCCAGUGAGGGUUCCUGUUCUGCAGCCACUGGCAAAGUGUUCUGGAGGUGUGCUUUUACUUCAUGAUGAUUUUGGAGAGGCGUUUGGGGUCAACUUGCAGAGGGCGUCGACUAGAGCAGCUGGUUCCCAUGGCUUAUUUGAGAUUAGAUGUUCAGAUGGCAUCCUUGUCACUCAAGUCAUUGGCCCUGGUGAAGAGGCUUCGCCUGAUUCUCAUGAGACAUUCAAGCAUGAUACUUCAUUUUGUAUCCAGAUGCAUAGUGUUGAGGAGACACAGAGUUUUUCUGUGUCUAUGGAGACAAAGGGUGAUAUCAAUAGUGAUUUUGUUUACUUCCAGUUUGCCGUCCGUUACUCUAACAAGUAUCAAGCAGAAAUCACUAGGGUAAUCACAAGCAGGCUGCAAACUGUUGAUGGUUUGUCUGCCUAUCUGUCAACUGUGCAAGGAGAUGUUGCUUCAGUUAUCAUUGGUAAGAGAACUGUCUUGCGUGCCAGAACUGCCUCUGAUGCUAUUGACAUGAGGCUCACAAUUGAUGAAAGAGUUAAGGACAUAGCUCUCAAAUUUGGUACUCAGGUUCCAAAAUCAAAGCUUUAUCGGUUCCCAAAAGAGCUGGCAUCACUACCUGAGAGCUUGUUUCAUUUGAGAAGGGGACCACUCUUAGGUAGCAUUGUAGGACAUGAAGAUGAGAGAUCAGUUCUUAGGAAUUUGUUCUUGAAUGCGUCAUUUGAUCUCUCCCUCCGUAUGCUCGCACCUCGUUGUAUAAUGCAUCGGGAAGGAGGCACAUUUGAGGAGCUGCCAGCAUAUGAUCUUGCCAUGCAAUCUUAUUCUGCAGUGGUACUGGACCAUGGAACAGAUAUUUUCAUUUGGUUGGGUGCUGAGCUAGCAACAAAAGAAGGACAAAGCGCAGCAGCUUUAGCAGCAUGUCGUACACUGGCAGAAGAGCUCAGCGAGCUCCGUUUUCCAGCUCCCAGGAUACUUUCAUUCAGAGAAGGGAGCUCUCAGGCCAGGUACUUUGUCUCGCGCCUGAUCCCAGCUCACAAGGAUCCUACUUAUGAGCAGGAGUCAAGAUUUCCUCAGCUACGGACCCUUACUCCUGAGCUAAGGGCUAAACUAAAGAGCAGCUUCAUCCACUUCGAUGACCAUAGUUUCUGUGAGUGGAUGCGCAGCCUCAAAUUGGUCCCUCCAGAACCAAGCUAAGACAAAUAAUGGGAUGAGUGUGAUCAGGUCUGGUGGAUAGCAAUGAGACGGACUGGGCUUCUGACAGAGUUGUCAAACGAUAGCUGAAAGCUUUGUGAAGUAAACCUAAGGCCCAAACACUUGUUUGCGUCAGUGAAGCGCCACUUAGGGUGCAGCAGAAGUUGUAUGAUUUUGCCUGAUUCUGUUCUUCGACGUGGCAGCAUAAAUGCAUCGUCUCUUGUCAAAGUUGUCAUACAGGGGAGGAAUUUACAGUAAGAGAUAAUAGGUGCUCUCCGACUUUGAAGAGUUCGUUUGAUGUUAACAGUAUUGUACUACAACUCUGGCCUGACUAUUCUUUGUGAUUCAUUUUGUUCGUUUGGGUGGGUUUCAGUUCUCCAUUCAUAUAGGAGCCAAGAGUACUAUAUAUUCAAAGACAAAAGUGUACAUUAUAACCUUCUGUGUCCAGUGUUGAAAGGCUUUCAUUUGGUCUC